AUGUCUGAAGAACGUGCCUUCUGUAAUCAGAAUGCUAUGGAAUCAUGGUUACAGGACAUGUCUGAAGAAUGUGCCUUCUGUAAUCAGAAUGCUAUGAAAUCAUGGUUACAGGACAUGUCCAAGGAAUGUGCCUUCUGUAAUCAGACUGCUAUGAAAUCCUGGUUACAGGACAUGUCUGAAGAAUGUGCCAUCUGUAAUCGGAAUGCUAUGGAAUCAUGGUUACAGGACAUGUCCGAAAAACGUGCCUUCUGUAAUCAGAAUGCUAUAGAAUCAUGGUUACAGGACAUGUCUGAAGAACGUGCCUUCUGUAAUCAGAAUGCUAUGGAAUCAUGGUUACAGGACAUGUCUGAAGAACGUGCCUUCUGUAAUCAGAAUGCUAUAAAAGCAUUGUUACAUGACAUGUCCGAAGAAUGUGCCAUCUGUAAUCAGAAUGCUAUGAAAUCAUGGUUACAGGACAUGUCCAAGGAAUGUGCCUUCUGUAAUCAGAAUGCAUGGAAUCAUGGUUACAGGACAUGUCUGAAGAACGUGCCUUCUGUAAUCAGAAUGCUAUGGAAUCAUGGUUACAUGACAUGUCCGAAGAAUGUGCCAUCUGUAAUCAGAAUGCUAUGAAAUCAUGGUUACAGGACAUGUCCAAGGAAUGUGCCUUCUGUAAUCAGAAUGCUAUGGAAUCAUGGUUACAGGACAUGUCUGAAGAAUGUGCCAUCUGUAAUCAGAAUGCUAUGGAAUCAUGGUUACAGGACAUGUCUGAAGAAUGUGCCAUCUGUAAUCAGAAUGCUAUGAAAUCAUGGUUACAGGACAUGUCCGAAAAACGUGCCUUCUGUAAUCAGAAUGCUAUGGAAUCAUGGUUACAGGACAUGUCCAAGGAAUGUGCCAUCUGUAAUCAGAAUGCUAUGAAAUCCUGGUUACAGGACAUGUCUGAAGAAUGUGCCAUCUGUAAUCAGAAUGCUAUGGAAUCAUGGUUACAGGACAUGUCCGAAAAACGUGCCUUCUGUAAUCAGAAUGCUAUGGAAUCAUGGUUACAGGACAUGUCCAAGGAAUGUGCCUUCUGUAAUCAGAAUGCUAUGAAAUCAUGGUUACAGGACAUGUCCAAGGAAUGUGCCUUCUGUAAUCAGAAUGCUAUGAAAUCAUGGUUACAGGACAUGUCCAAGGAAUGUGCCUUCUGUAAUCAGAUGCUAUGA